AUCACGUGGUGCAGCAUGUGGGUUAUUUGCACAGGUGCAGUUCAGAAAGGCAAAUGUCGAAAAAUUCUCAUCUGUCUGCACAUUGUGAAAGAGACGUUUUGUCCGCUAUCACGAAUAUGAGUGACUGAAAUCUGAAGCAUGCUGUUUACUUUUUAAAGCAGAUUCACCAUGGAUAGCAUACUUCUAGUAGGCUGCAUUACUCCUUUAAUCCUUUUUCUCAUCAUUGGAUGGUUCAUUUGUCACAGAAGACGGAAACCCCAAUUCCGUAGCUCCCUUGUGAUCGCUGAGUGCCUUGAACCGCAGGUAAUUUGUCGACCUGUGCCAUGUCAGCAUCCCUACUAUAGGGUGAUUUCAGAAUACUCUGGGCAUCAAGAAAAGGCUCCGUUAACGGAAGAAAAGGCAGAAAGUCAACCUUCUACUGAGGAGAUCACCAAUGCUGAUUGGUAUCGCCGACUAAGCUUAAGCAGCAUUCCUCGGAAAUCCAGUUUAUCUGCUUCCCAUACCAGGAGAGCCUCGGAUGCAUCGCGCCUGGUGAAACCCAUACCUCUGACACUUGCAUAAUCGUUUGUACAGAUUUUAUUUUGCACCUUUAUUUUAUCUUUUGUUAAUAAAGUUAAUUUUUUAA